AUGGAAGUGUUAAAGAAACCAGAAGCAUUAAAAACAAGAAUUAAAAGAAGUAGGAGUAUAAUUGAAAGAGAAGAAACAAAUUUAGAAAAUAAUUAUAAUAAUCAUAAUAAUCAAAUUAUUAUUUAUGGAAAUUCAUUUAAAAAUAAUGUAUUGAGUUAUGCAUGGAAUGCAUAUUUUGAUAAGAAUAAAAUAAAAAAAAAUAUUAUGGUUUGUUGUGAUUUAAGCAAAAUUUGUGAUGAAAUAUUAAGAGGUGUAGAAAAUAAUAGUUUGACACUAAAAACGUUUUCAUUUUUACUUAUUGGAGUAUGCAAUAUAUAUAAAAAAAAAGUUUAUUUUGUAAGUCAAGAUUAUGAUUUUUUAAAAAGGAAAAUAAUUUCCCUUUACAAAAAUAAAGAUGAAAAUGUAAGCGAAUUCAUAAGUAAUAAGGAUUCUAAAAGAAAGAAAGGCAGCAAAGAUGAUGAUGAACAAAAUAAGAAUAAAAAAAGAUUAAAUAGAACUUCUCUUAAUAUAAAAAGGGGAUCUAUAGGCAUGAAUGAAUUAUUACCUUCAGUAAUUAAUGAUUUUGCUAAAAGAAAAUCACGUUUUUCUUUAAACGCAGAUGAAAUAAGCAUAAGUGGAACUCAGCAAAAUACUUAUAAUGAUUUUUUUAAUGAAAAUGAAAUGAAUAAUCAAAUGCUUAUGGAUAUAUCAGGGUUAAAUUACCUUAGUUUUAAUGAUCAUGAUAUGGAAAAACCAUUGGAUGGAUCUUAUAUUUCAAGAAAUAGUAUUCCUAUGAAUAAUUUUGAAAGGUUUAAUUUAAAUAGACAACUAUCUGAAUCUUUUAAUCCUAUGGAUAAUUUGAAUGCACAGAAUUCUUUAUUGAAUAAUAUGAUACCAAAAAAUAUGUUUUCUAAUCUAGAAAAUUCUUUUAAUGAAAAGAGCAUGAGUGAAUAUAACAAUAAUUUAGAAUUAAAUUCCCUUCAUAAAAGUGAUAUGUUAUCACCUAUUAACAUUUAUAAUAAUUUAGAAAACAAUUAUUCUAAUGAUAAUGCGAAUGUAACUAAUAAUAAUUAUAUAAAUGAAUACGCAAAUAUGAAUAAUUUGAAUUCUCCAGAUUAUAAAAAUGAUAAAGAAUACCCAUUCAAUAUUAUGAGCAAUCAGGAAAAUUCAAAUGGGUACGAAAAUAUAAUUAAUAAUAAUCAAAAUAUGAAUGUCAAUUUUAAUGGUACGAAUACACCAAAAGAUUUUCAUAAUUUUCAUCAUAUUCCCAUUAAUAAUUUCAUAGGAGGUAUUAAUAAUAUGAAUAAUACAAUAAAUAAUAGAAAUGAUCUUUAUAAUUUAAAUCCAUUUAUAAGCAUGAAUUCAUUGAAUAAUUUAGAGACUAGAAACAAUUUUCAUUUUUCACAUGGAAUUAAUAAUUAUGGUGACGUAGAUGCAUCAAGUAAUAUUGCAGGUAGUAUUUUUAGCCCUCAAAAAAAAAAGAAUAUCUCAAAAAAAAAUGGUUAUUCAAAUUUUUUAAAUUUUGAAACUUAUCAAAAUUUUGAUUAUUUUGAUCAAAAAGAUGAUUAUGCUUUUAUUAAGAAACUAAAUUCAUUACUUGGCUUAGAUGAAAGUGAGGAUGACAAAAAAAAUAAAAACAAUACAGAUAAUAAUGAAAAUGACAAAAAUAAUGAUGAAAAUGAUAUGAAUAAAUUAAUAAUCCAAGACGAAGAAAAUUCUAAAAAUUUUUUGAAUUCUAUAAACAAUAAUAAUGAUAAAAAUAAUCAAAUAUUAUUAAAUGAAUAUGAUAAUAAAAAUGAACAGAUAGUUUUGAGAGGUAAUGAAAAUCAAAUAAUGAAAAAAAGAAAAUUAGAAAAACAUAUAAUUGACAAAAAUUAUAUUUUAAAAGACUCAAUAAUAAAAGGAAUGAUGAAAGAUGAAAGAGUAGAUUAUAAAUACUUUUUAAUUGAUACUAUAAAUAAUGAAAUAAAUGAAAAAAUUCAGAAGGAAUUUCCAGAGUUUCAAUAUUUUUCUAUACAAACAACUGAUAAAAUAAAACCAGUAUAUAAAUUAGAAAUAAAUUUCGGAUAUGAAUCUUUGGAUUAUAAUAAAAAAAAAACAUUAUUUGAAAAUCACUUAAGUUAUCUAUUACACAAUAAAUUAGUAUUAUACGAAAAUAAAAAUGUAUUGGAACACUUUAAUAUAAAGAAAUGUUUAGAUAAUAUUGAUGAGCAUAUGGUUCAUAAUGAGAACGAUACCUUAUCUAAUAACUUUUUAUCAUUUCAGGAAAAUGAUGGAACAAUGAAAAGUGACAUGAAUUUUGAGGAAGUAAGAGAAGAAUUUAAUGAUAUACAAUUUGAAACACAGAAUAUGAAUGCAAAUGAUUAUAAGAAUAGAUUUAGUAUAGAUCCUUUGCUAUCCCAAAAUGAACAAAUAGAUUUAAAUUUGAAUGAUUUGAAUUUUAAGGAUGAUGUAGAUUCUAAAAUAAAUUUAGAAAGUCAAAUGUCAAAAAGUUUAGUAAUAAAUAGAGAGAGUAGUAUAGAUAAAAGUGACGAUUUAAACAAUCUAAAUUUUGUUAAUGAAAAAAUAAAUUCUGAAUUUAAUUCAUCUCCAUUAGACUUAUCACUUUCUUCAAAUUAUGAUUUUUCUAACAUUUUUAAUAAAGAGAAUGGCAGUUCUAUAAGUUCUAUAAUAGACGAUAAUAAUUUAGAAAUCAACGUAAACUUAAACCAAGAUUUUGAUUUAAUAACAAAAGAGUUAUUAGAGGUUUAUAAAAAUUUAUCUAAAAAAAUUAAUUAUGUCUUUUUUGAUGUAAUUACAAAAAAUAGAAAGUCGAAAAGUGAAAUUUCUACUUUAUUUUAUAUUACUUUGCAUUUAGCUAAUCUGGGAUACAUUAAUAUUAUGCAAAAACCUAUACUUUCUGAGCAUUUAGAAAAUUAUGAAGAAAAUUUAUCUAGACCUAUAUUAAUACAAUUUAUUGAUAAAAAAAAAGAUAAUUAA